UAAACGCACGUCUCCACGUUCUUUCAAACUCAUCACUUCCUCCAUUUUCUCUCAUCACUUACCAUUCUUCCGAUUCCUUGUUAUGAACUACAAACCUUUGACCUCGCCUAUCGCCGCCCCUCACCUCCGGUGACCGACACAAAGACGUUGAUCAGAAAUUGGUGGUUUGUUCUUUACUUAUAGAAGCAUUUGCCAAGCGAUUGAUUAUGUUGACGAAGAAGAAUAGCCGGAAAAACCAAGAAAAGAACAACAAGGGGAGAUUAACGGAGAAAGCUAUGUCGUUUCACGGUCAGUCUGGUGAAGAAAUGGUAGGAAAGCUAUGGAGGCCGAGAACGGUGCCGGAUUUGAUUUCCGGGACCGGUAGGGUUGCUCCGCCGGUAGAGAUGGUGCGUCCGAAGCUGACGAAGCUACUGCUUAAUGUGACGGUACAGAGAAGCUUAGGUCCAUUGCACGUUCUGAUUUCGCCGGAGUCAACCGUCAAUGACCUUGUCGCCGCCGCUCUACGGCAAUAUGCUAAAGAAGGAAGACGACCGAUCUUACUGUCACUUGAUCCUUCUGGUUUCGGCCUCCAUUACUCUCAAUUUAGCUUAGAAAGUUUGGAUCCAGAUGAAAAGUUAAUCGAGUUGGGUUCAAGGAAUUUCUUUCUCUGCCCUAAACAACCUGCCGCCGCCGCCGGAAACGGUGAUGACGAUGGUAGACUCCGAUUUGACUAUGCGACAUCUUCCACUUGCUCGACUGAAGCAGAUAAAUUAGUAGCGAAAAGUGGUGUAGGGUUGAUUAGCACGACCAUUUCAAGUUCUCAUGAAGAUAAGAAUGUUGAUGUUAGGCUUGUAAUUGUUGUAUAGUAGUGGAGUAAUUUCAUUUUAUUUAUAUAUAAGUUGUAUUAUAGUUAUGUGCUUAAAUUAUUUUUAAUUCACCUCGUUUUCUCAUUUUGGAAUAUUUAG